AUGUUUGUAACAUCCGCUUCUUUUCAAAAAAGUGCUCAUACUUUAUUUAUUGAUCCAUCAGAAGAUCCUUUUCUGGAUUAUUAUAUUGAAACGGUAUCACACAUGAGUACAAAAGAUAUUAUGGCUGUUCCAAAAAUGAAUGAUGAUGAAUUUCUUCGAUAUUUGUUCAAUAAUAAUGAUUCUGCGGCACGCGGUAUUCAAUUACGUGUUGAUACAAGUGUUUUCAAUCCGCUUCGUGAUGAUCAACUGAUACAUCAAACUGACAUUGAUAAAGAAUGGGAAACGCUUAUGGUCUCCGGACCCAUCGUUGUUGGAUAUAUGGGUAAUUUAAUGGUAAUUGCUAGCAAAAGAGACUUUCCAUUUCAUGCACCAAGUGGAUAUGUUUAUCGAUACAUUAGAUAUCCAAAUUCAUUUCGUGCUACACUUGCUCAAGUAUCUACUGAAAUGUACAAUUCUCUUAUGGGAGCCCAUACUGCAAUGGACGGAAUUCAGUUGAGUAUUAAACAAGUUCCCACACACGUAAAAACAGCACUGAAAUUAAUAACUUCAGCAUCAGAUGCUAUGCUCAAAUCUAUGUUACCACGUACACUAGAAAGUGUAGGUCGUUUAGCAACAGAAAGUGCGAAUAUAGCUAAUUCAACACUUCUUCAAUUCAAUCAAUUACAAGAUCUACUUGGUGAAAUUAUUGAAUUAAGUGCAAGUACUCAGUCAACGAAUGAAGCAGAUAUUGAACGAAUGGAAGAACAAAGAAAAAAUGCAACUCUCGAACAAGAACGUUUAAAAGAAAAUCUUGCAAGUAUUAAAAACCAAUAUGAUCAAUCGAAAUCUAAUCUAGAGAUUGCUCGUAAAAGAUAUACAGAAGCCAUGGCAGCACUUUCUGCAUCAUCAGCACCUACUAUUGUCGGAGGUGGAAAUCCGCUAAUGGAUUUAGUCGGCUUUGCUAUUGAAGUUGUCUUCAAUCCUCUCAACGCAGUUGGCUGUUUACUUGGUAAAUGUAAGAGCCCAGCUCCUACAGUUGAUAAUACAAAAUUUGAGAAUGCUAUGAAAAUCGCACAAGCUGCUAAAGAAGAAUUAGAACGUGCUGAAGAAAUUCAUAAUCAGCAUUUUCUUCUUCAAUUAGCUGAACAAAAUGAAUUGGCUAAAACCAUGAAUAGUAUGGCAUUGCUUGAUUUAAGUCAACUGAGUACAGAAGAAAUUGUUCAAUUACUACUUAAAGCUACUGAACAGAUAAGUUUAAUUAAAGAACAAUGGGCACAUAUGAUUCAAUUUUUUUCAAAAUUAGCUGCUCAAGCUCAUAGUACUCAACAAAUUGUUGUAAAUGACUUUGUAGGCCUUAUACAACAAGCUCAGACAGACAAUUUAUUAAUCGAUCCAUUUGAUCGUGAAUUUUUUGUCGAAAUGUUAAUACCUGCUGCUACAGAAAUUGAAAGUGGUGCUCAUUUAUUAUUUACUAUGGCCAAAACCUACUAUGCUGUAUCAAGUGAACAUAUGAUUAAUCAAAUUGCUGGUAUUAAUAAACUGUCUGUGUUACAAACAGAUGAAGCACGUCAUGCUCAACUUCAACUAGCAUCAAAUAAUACAAUGAUUACUUCAUUAAAAAUAUCUCAAUUAGCACAAGAACGACAUGAACUUUAUCUUCAAGAAAUGCAAAAUCGUCAAGCUGAAUAUACAACUUACAUGAAUAAUUUAGUGUUAUUUGAACUUGAAGAAACUAUUGGUUAA